AGUAAAACACCAUUUACGUGUGUUUCAAAAGACGAUACGUAAAUAAUGUGAGUUUUUGAAAAUAUCCCCGUUACUGUGGAUACAUGUUGUCUUUGUUAUGUGGCGUGAAUCUCUAAGUUAAACUAAGCAAACUCCUUUACCCAGCAACAAAAAAAGCUAAUACAUGAUUGGUACUGAUAGGGUCAGUGGGCGGGCAAUGGCGCAUAACCUGUUUAUCAAGUGCCACGAAAUACUUUCGAUUUAGUUUAGCGCGCUAAGCUAAGUCGAGCGGUCGUCAUAAACAUGAAGCUUCUAGUAUUUUUGCUAGCCCUGGCUGCUGUCUACUUGGAAGUGGGCUCCAGGUUCAGUCAACCAAAAGUUCAGGUCUACACCUACAACCCAGCAAAGUUUGGGGAGGAAAACACGGUGAUCUGUCAUGUGAGCGAAUUCCACCCCCCUGACAUCCGCAUCCAGUUGUUCAAGAAUGGAGAGGAGAUCAACAAGGCCGUCCAGACAGAUCUGAGCUUCAAGAAGAACUGGCACUUCCAUCUGACCAAGCACAUUGAGACUACACUUGUGCGAGGAGACAAGUUCAUGUGUAAAGUUCUCCACGGGACGUAUUCCGGAAAAGACUUCGACUGGGAGGCUAACAUGUAAGAGGAGGUCCAGUGAUCAGUGAAGCAAGAGAGAUGCAUCAUCCAGAAGAAAUAACACAGGAAUUGUACCUUUUAGUCGUACACAUACUGUAUUACUCGGUGACUGUAGUGGGACAUGAAAUGUUUUUUACUUGUUUGUCUUCCACCAUUUAAAUCACACCUUCGAUCAUUUUAAGGCAACUAUCACUUUUUCUAUAUAAAAUAAGGUCUGGGUCUAAUAGUACGUUCCAUUAACCUCGAAAGUUGGAGGUCAGAGCUCGGAAUGACGGCACAACCGAGUUAGAAGUGUUCCACUGCAACCACGAGUGAUGUGCCGUUGAUACUGAAAUAUCAAUACCAAUAUCGAUCCUAAAAUCAAAAUAUCGAUACUUUAAUAAUUUGAUAGCAUGUAUAUCAUUAACAGAAAAAAAAUUGUAAAGUAACUAAAUCAUUGAGAUCUUGACUAAAUGAAACGCAAUUGGUGGGAAAUACUUUUUUUCCCGCCUAGGUAAAUACUCAAUGCGCAUGCGCAGCUGCACACUGUGCUGUCACACAGUCUGUCAUUUCUUUAUUUAGGAAAAUUGCUUACAAUUAAAAUGAGUUACUAUGUAUUAUAAAACAGCAAACAUAUGUAUCCUUUCGUAGUAGGCUAUUUUUUGACAAAACAUACAGAGUUCAAUAUAAAUAAGUUACGCAUUCAGUGCAGAAUAAUGCCAUCAUUUGUUUUUUGCAUGUGAUUUUAUAUCGUUCGAUGAUGACUCCUCAAAAGCAGCAACACUUGAAAUAUACUGCUUGUAAAAUUUUACCAGACGUUGUAGUAGGUAUAUUCACGCAAUUUCGCAAAGUAUCAGUAUUGAAUCAGUUUCGCGAAUACCAGCCUGAAUUUUACUUGGUAUCGGAUUGGAAAGAAAAUCACUGGUAUUGAACAUCACUAGCAACCAUAUCAUAUCCCCAUUUUGGGAUGAAUAAAAGUCUAUCCUAUCCUAGAAACAACUUACGGAAAAAUAUGCACGCCUUUUGCAAUCGUCAAACAUGGCGGAUGAAGAGGAAACACAGACACCAUUGAUAGCAAUGUAGAACGUGUAAAAUACAUGGAAAAAAUGUAAUUUACACUACAGUAAAAUUACCAUAUAUACAUGUCCUAGAAUAAAUUGUAUGUGGCUGAUUUACUGUAACAAAAGAUACUCAGAAGUACUAAUAAUGGAUAUUACAGAAACUUUUAAUUGUUUAGAAUCAGAGCAACCAUCUUUGAAGCCAACACGGUUGGUGAGGACUCUCCGACUUUCUGAGUAGGAUAUCCAACCUGUGGGGGGUUCCAAUUAAACAUUUCCAACUAGGACCUCAAAAUUCAGACUUUCCAGUACAAAUGGAACGCACCAUAAGGAAACAGUUAAAUGUUAGCCAACAUAAUCAGUUUGGAAAACAAGUAACACACAUUGUAAGUUUGUUUUUGCACUUUUGCGCUGUUCUAAAUAUCUUGAUUUGUAAAAUAAACACAUUUAAAUAAUGUA